GUUGGAAUGUGCCGAGGUCACUAGCUCUAUUUCUGGAACCUGUGUUGUUCUAAAGGUCAGAUAAAGUGGCUCGGAAUCCUCACAAGGCAGGAGGGUGGCAGGGGGCAUUCACUAACCAACACACACCAGACAACACUUUCAGAGAGAGAGACAGAGAGGUAGAGAGAGAGAGAGAGCGAGAGAGAGAGAGGGAGAGCAAAAGAGAGAGGGAGAGCGCAAUAGAGAGAAAGAGAGAGCAAGAGAGAGAUUUCUGCCUAGAACAGAACAGAGUCUAAACGGAUUGUAUGGAAGUUGGACAUUUAAUGUACAUAGAUAUUGAGUGAUCAGGAGUAAUCCAAUAACCUUGGAGAGAAAGAGUCUGAUUUAACUUUAUGUUUCAGAGGAAGUUGGACUAACAAACACAGAGUCCACGGAACCAUGGAUGAUGUAUCACUCCACCAGGAGGAUUCUGGGAACGACCCAACAGCCAACCAGACAGAGGACAACAAAAACAAUCAGGUGUGUUUGUGUUGAUGAAGGAAAUACACCCAUAAACAGAUACAGACAACCCCAAGACAAUAUGAAUACAGAGACAAACCUCAACCACCUACAGACAAACCAAUACAAACUUUUCUGUAUCAAGACAAAGUCAUAUAGCCUUACUAUGAGGUGGCAGGCUUGUUAGAUGUAUUUUGCGGUGUGGUCAGAUGUAGUAUUUGGAGCGAAGACAGUGGGAGGGGUUGGUGGUGGUUGUGGAUGCCUGCGUGUAAACCUAAGUGCUGGGCUACACCUGUUCCUGUGUGAUGAGGUGUGAAUGACGGAGUCAGGCGCAGGAGGUAAAACACCGAAAUCCAGAGUUUAUUCAGUGUACAUGAAUAAAGCGCAGCAAGCGUCAAAACGAAACUAGCACAAGGGAAAAAUCCAACUUGGCUAUAUACAAGGAAAGAGUAGCUCAACCGAGCUACCACUCUCACAAAGAACAAUCACUCACAAAGGACAAGGGGGCAGAGAGAACACUUAUACACAGACUAAUGAGGGAAUGAGUACCAGGUGUGUGUGAUUGACAAGACAAGACAAGAAAAAUGGUAAUCAGGGGGGAGUAAUAACCUAUAUGUGACCUCGUUGAUUAUUCUCAGGACUUUGAAUGGCCCUACAAACCGUGGGCUCAGCUUCCGGCAGGGCAGGCGGAGGGGCAGAUUCCGGGUCGAGAGCCAGACCCGAUCCCCCGGUACAAAGACGGGGGCCUCACUGCGGUGACGGUCAGCGAUGGCCUUCUGACGACGCACGGCGCGUUGGAGGUGAACAUGGGCAGCGUUCCACGUCCCCUCCACGCGCCGAAACCAGUCAUCCACCGCAGGAGCUUCGGUCUGGCUCUGGUGCCACGGUGCCAGAACCAGUUGGUAACCUAAAACACACUGAAAUGGUGUUAGGUUCGUAGAGGAGUGGCGAAGAGAGUUCUGGGCAUAUUCUGCCCAUGGCAGGAACACCGACCACUCCCCCGGCCGGUCCUGGAAAUAGGACCUCAGGAACCUACCCACAUCCUGAUUUACCCGUUCCACCUGCCCAUUACUCUCAGGGUGGAACCCAGAGGUCAGGCUGACCGAGACUCCCAGACGUUCCAUGAACGCCUUCCAGACUUUUGACGUUAACUGGGGACCUCGGUCAGACACUAUAUCCUCUGGUACCCCGUGGUGCCGGAAGACGUGAGUAAACAGGGCCUCCGCAGUUUGCAGAGCCGUGGGGAGACCGGGCAGAGGAAGGAGGCUGCAGGCCUUCGAAAAGCGGUCCACAACGACCAGGAUGGUGGUGUUCCCUUGAGCGAGAGGCAGAUCAGUUUAAAAAAUCAACACUCAAAUGAGACCAUGGUCGUUGUGGAACUGGUAAAGGUUUUACCCGCUGGGAGGUGCCUAGGUGCCUUACUCUGGGCGCACACUGAGCAGGAGGAAACAUACACCCUCACGUCCUUAGCCAAGGUAGGCCACCAGUACUUUUCGGUCAGGCAGCGCACUGUACGACCGAUACCUGGGUGACCAGAGGAGGGUGACGUGUGUGCCCAGUAGAUCAGACGAUCACGGAUAAGCCCAGGCACGUACUGCAGCCCAGUUGGACACUGCGGUGGAGAUGGAUCUGUGCGUAAUGCGCUAUAUCCGCGUCCAUCGCACAUACUACCGGCGCCACAAUGCAUGAGUCUGGCAGUAUGGGGGUAUUGUCUCUGGGCCUCUCCUCUGUAUCAUACAGCCGGGACAGUGCGUCUGCCUUCACGUUCUUCGUACCCGGAAUGUAUGACAGUGUAAAAUCAAACCGGGUGAAGAAUAGGGCCCACCUGGCCUGGCGAGGGUUCAGCCUCCUCGCUGCCCGGAUGUACUCCAGGUUACGGUUGUCCGUCCAGACGAGGAAUGGUGUUUCGCCCCCUCGAGCAAAUGUCUCCACACGGUCAGAGCUCGGACAACAGCCAACAGCUCCCGAUCACCAACGCCGUAGUUCUGCUCCGCCGGGCUGAGCUUCCUUGAGAAGAACGCACAGGGGCAGAGCUUGGGUGGCGUGCCCGAGCGUUGAGACAGGACAGCUCCCAUCCCAACCUCGGACGCAUCCACUACGAACGGUAGUGAUGGAUCGGGGUGGGCCAGUACCGGGCAGAGGGGAACAGUUCCCUCAGUUUACUGAAGGCCCUGUCAGCCUCAGCAGACCAGCGGAGCCGGGACGGCCCACCCUUCAACAGAGAUGUAAUGGGAGCUGCGACCUUGCCAAAGUCCCGGAUAAACCUCCGAUAAUAGUUGGCGAAGCCAAGGAAGCGCUGCACCUCCUUUACCGUCGGCCAAUUACGCACGGCUGCAAUGCGGUCGCCCUCCAUCUCCACACCUGUGGUAGAAAUGCUGUAUCCGAGGAAGGAGACGGACUGCUGGAAAAAAAACAUACACUUUUCUGCCUUAGCAUAAAGGUCAUUUUCCAACAGUCGAACCAGGGACACAUGCUCGGCGCGCGUAGCGGAAUACACCAAGAUGUAAUCGAUGUAGACCACUACACCGCGACCAAGCAUGUCCCGAAACACCUCGUUCACAAAGGACUGGAAGACUGAGGGAGCAUUCAUCAAACCAUAGGGCAUCACCAGGUAUUCAUAAUGCCCCGUGGUUGUGCUGAAUGCUGUCUUCCACUCAUCUCCCUCCUGCUCCUCGCAUCAACCUAGUGGUGCGCGUCGCCAGUCCGGCCCGGCCUGUUCCUGCUCCUCGCACCAAGCCAGUGGUGCGUGUCGCCAGUCCGGCCCGGCCCGUUCCUGCUCCUCGCACCAAGCCAGUGGUGCAUGUUCCUAGUCCGGUUCGGCCCGUGCCUGCUCCUCGCACCAGACCAGUGGUGAGUGUGUCCAGUCCGGCACAGCCCGUGCCCGUUCCACCGGUGCCUGAUCCAGCUCCGGUCAGCUGCUCCAGUCCGGAGCCAGAGUAGUCCGCUCCACCGGUGCCUGAUCCAGCUCCGGUCAGCUGCUCCACUCCGGAGCCAGAGCAGUCCACUCCACCGGGGUCCAGUCCAGCUCCGGUCAGCGGCUCCACUCCGGAGCCAGAGCAGUCCACUCCACCGGUGCCUGAUCCAGCUCCGGUCAGCGGCUCCACUCCGGAGCCAGAGCAGUCCGCUCCACCGGGGUCCAGUCCAGAUCCGGUCAGCGGCUCCACUCCGGAGCCAGAGCAGUCCGCUCCACCGGUGCCCAGUCCAGCUUCGGUCAGCGGCUCCAGUCCGGAGCCUGAGCAGUCCGCUCCAGUCAGCGGCUCCAGUCCAGACCCAGACGUCAGCCCCUCUCCAGGUUCGGGGUCUCCCACACCAGGGUCCAGACAGGGCUUGGAGUAUAGUGGGAGGAAGGAGAGGGGAAGCAGCGCGCCGAGGUCCAGACCAGACCAGGGGCGCAACAGGGAGGCGGAGAAUAGGUGGUUGUCACGCCCGGAGCCGACCCUGUUAAGUAAAGGUUGUGCGGUCGGAGUCCGCACCUUUGGGGGGGGGGGGGGGGGGGGGGGGGGGGGGGGGGGAGAUUGGGGAGCAUACUUAGGCAGCCUAUUGGCAAUUAGGUGUUGUGUUGUUCCGUGGUGGAGGCUUGUAUUGUUUGUUAGCCUUAGGACGUCACGUUUAGUUUGUUUAUUGUUUUGUCGUUGUGUUUAUUCGUUAAAUAAACAUGUAUGCAUAUCACGCUGCGCCUUGGUCUGACCCGUCUGUGAACGAACGUGACAAUGACGGAGUCAGGCGCAGGAGGUAAAACACCGAAAUCCAGAGUUUAUUCAGUGUACAUGAAUAAAGCGCAGCAAGCGUCAAAACGAAACUAGCACAAGGGAAAAAUCCACCUUUGCUACAUACAAGGAAAGAGUAGCUCACUCUCACAAAGAACAAUCACUCACAAAGGACAAGGGGGCAGAGGGAACACUUAUACACAGACUAAUGAGGGAAUGAAUACCAGGUGUGUGUGAUUGACAAGACACCCUGAGUCAUGACCUGGAGUGACACCUGGGACAGUUCCUGAAGUUCACUUACCUAACAUAAUUCCAACAUACUGUAUUAUCUGCAACUUUACACAUCUUAAUGCAUAACAUAAAGCAACAUAAACCUGUAAUAUGUUUGAAUCGUAAUUAAAGCCAUAAAAACUCUACAGCCGAAGGUGUGUGUUCGGAGUGCCAAAGUAACUAUGGGGAUUCCCUGGAGUGAAGCAGACACAUUUUAUAUUUGAGUUCUGAACUAGUUAUAAUGUCACUUUACAUCUUCUCUCCCCUCAACAACUGAUUUAGAAUCAGGUCUAUGACAACAGUUCUGGGUUUCACCAUUUUGGUUUGUCCCUAACCCUAACCAAAACUAUCUCAAGUGCUCAGAAUAACCAAUUGUAAUCUUAUCUGGUUUGUCUCUCAGACAGAGGAAGAGGCUUCAGUGCAGGAGUGUGACCCCCCUAAGAGAGACCACCUGGCGGAGGACACAGUGGAAGGUCAUGGGGUUAAGUCUGGGGCUAAUACGGCUAAAGCUCCAGAACAGGCAGCAGGGGCUAGCAUUGGAAAUGUAGAGGAGUCUCAGCCAGUAACCGACGCCAAUGAGGUAAAUGGUGAAGAAGCUUGUAAGGGUGAGGAGGGGCCGUCUCAAGGUGCAGACACCGGAGAAACAGAAGACCCCAAAGUGGUGAACGGAGAGAAGAAGGGGGAGGGAGAGAAUGAGGAGGACAAGAAUAGAAAGGGGCAAGAGGUGGUCAAGAAUGGAGAUAUUGAGAAAGAGGAUAUGAAAGAGGACAAAGAGAAGGGGGGAGAAAAUAUUGCCAGGAAAAAGGGGAAGGGGGAAAAGAUAGGAGAGGGAAAAAACCAGAAAGAGAAGAAGACAAAGGAGUAACUGAAGGAGAAGGGGAAAGACAGAAACGUAAAAGGCAGGGAAGAGAGAGGGAGGGAAGGGAGAGGGGAGGGAAGAGAGAGGGAGGGAAGAGAGAGGGAGGGAAGGGAGAGGCAGGGAAGGGAGAGGGAGGAGGGGAGAGGAGAGAAGGGAGAGGGGAGGGAAGGGAGCGGCAGGGAAAGAGAGAGGGAGGGAAGGGAGCGGCCCAGGGAAGGAGGAGGGAGGGAAGGGAGAGGGAGGGAAGGGGAGGCAGGGACGGGAGAGGGAGGGAAGGAGGCGGGAGGGAAGAGAGAGGGAGGGAAGGAGAGAGGGAGGGAAGAGAGAGGGGAGGGAAUUGGGAGAGAGGAGCGAAGGGAGAGGCAGGGGAAGGGAGAAGGAGGGAGAAGGAGACGGGAGGGAAGGGAGGGAGGAGAGGCAGGGAAGGGAGAGGGAGGGAAGGAGAGGAGGGAAGGGAGGAGGGAGGGAAGGGAGAGGGCGGGAAGGGAGAGGGAGGGAAGGGAGGGAGGGAGAGGAGGGAGGGAGGGAGGGAGGAAGGGAGAGGGAGGGAAGGAGAGGGGAAGGGAGGGAAGGGAAGAGAGGGAGGGAAGGGAGAGGGAGGGAAGGGAGAGGGAGGGAAGGGAGAGGCAGGGAAGGGAGAGGGAGGGAAGGGAGAGGGAGGGAAGGGAGAGGGAGGGAAGGGAGAGGCAGGGAAGGGAAGAGGCAGGAGGAGAGGCCAGGGAAAGAAGGGAAAGGCGCCAGAGAAAGAGGCAAACAGUAAAAGAAAAGGAAGGGGCAGGAGGAGGAAAGGUUAAAGAGAAAAGCAAGGACUGGGAGAAGCAAGGGAAGACAAAAAGAAAGAGUGGCGUGAGUCCCACCACCUCUUCCCCAUCCUCUGUGGCCCGACCACGGAACUCUGCCCGCUCUGGCCGGGCAUCCACUAAAAAUGACAUCAUAGCAAAGUUCCAGCAAAAUGCCCCUGAGUAAGUUCUGACAUGUUCAAUAUGACAAAAUGCAACAUGCUCAUGUUUAAUGUUUUUAAAUAGCGAUAAUUGUAUUGUCUUUUCACUUAUUUUCAGGACACCGGUUGUCCGCAACUUCAAACUUCAGAGAUCAUCUAUGGCUGUGGCAAACGGGGCGACAAUCAAACAGAAAGUGCUUUCAUGGUGUCAAAACAAAACCCGCAAAUACGAGGUGAGGGGAUAUUCAUGAUCAUGUGCACCAGAGGUACUGACAUUGGAGCUCCAUAACCCUGCCUGACACCCUACCCUCUCUUUCCCAGGGUGUUUCCAUUGAGAACUUCUCAUCAUCAUGGUGUGAUGGGCUGGCAUUCUGUGCGCUCAUCCAUCGCUUCUUCCCGGACGCUUUUGACUUCUCAGCCCUGAGCUCAUCUGAGAGAGAGAAGAACUUCACCCUGGCCUUCAACACAGCAGAGUACGAAGCUGUGUGUAUGUGUGUGUGUGUGUGUGUGUGUGUGUGUGUGUGUGUGUAUGUAUGUGUUUGUGUCUGAGUGUGUGUGUUGUAAAUUAUUCAUCAUCCUUUCUUUCUCUCUCCCUCCAUAUCUCUUCCCCCCCCCCCCCCCCCCCCUCUCUCUCUCUCUCUCUCUCUCUCUCUCUCUCUCUCUCUCUCUCUCUCUCUCUCUCUCUCUCUAAGGACCAUGGCUGACUGCUGCCCUCUGUUGGAGGUUGGUGAUAUGAUCCUGAUGGGGAACAGCCCGGACCCUAUGUGUGUGUUCACCUAUGUCCAGGCCCUCUGUCAACACCUCUCCAAAAUAGAGAAGGAGAGGAAGGACAAGGAAGAAGAGGAGGAGAAGAGUGAAAAGAUGAAAGAUGGAGAGGUAGAAACCACUACAGAGAAGAAAGAGGAGAUUGAGGAAACUGGGAAGAUAGAUGGUCAACAAGAGGAGGAGGAUGGGGAGAACGAAGUCAAAUAUGGGAAAGAGAAAGAGAGUGAGAAGAGAUCAGCGGUGGAGGGAGAUGAAGAGAAAGAGAGUGAGGAAAGAGAAGUUGGAGGGUUAAUUGAAGCACAGGCUUAAGCUAAUGCUAAAAGGACAUGGAAAAGACCAAAUGAGUGAGAUUCAGAGAGAUAAAUAAAUACUUUUCAAUUGAGCCACAUGAUGAAGUAUAGUUUUACAGUUUGGAAUACGACUAGUGUUUAGCGUGUAUGAGCAUAAUUUCUUAAAGAGUGACACAUUACUACUGUAUAUUCAAAAGCUGGCUUUGUGAUGGUUUGGAAUUAUUCUCAGAUUCCAACAAUGUGUGUAAAUUAUAACCUGUUGUGAUAUUUUAAACAAUAUUUAACACAUGCUGUGUUCUUUUCCAAUUUCAUUAUCAUGUUGUGGAAGUUUGUGAUAAAUAAAAUGUCAAUGUAUAUUAUAA